CGAUUCUUUUGUUCGUCAUUGAAAGAGAUACCCUUUUAAUUCGCUCUAUUUCACCAUUAUACCUUAGUAAGGAUUAACAGAUUGAUCGAAAUAUGGCUAGGCAAUGCUGCGCUCGUUUUGUCAAAUCGAGAGAAUAAGUGGGUUAGUCAGCAGAACCUGCGGCCGAUAACACCCUCACUUAUUAGAAGUAGCCUUAUUUGCGCGCUUUUAUCGAACGCUCUCUCGUAGGUUGCAUUUUCUCCUUUUUGUAAAUUUCAGGUUUCCCUUUUUCACGCAUCAUUGUUGGACCUCGGAAAGAAAUAUCUAAUCAGACUGCGAUACCGUUUACUCGAAUCCUCAGCUUUUGUUGACGCAGGGUUGUUUUGUACGCUCGGCUCCCUCGCUACGCCCCUCGAUGACACAAUGCGACGUUCCGAUCCUAUUCCACACGUGCUCAAUAACGUCAUUUGAAUUUAGGCCGGCGGUUAGGCGGCGUGGCUUUUGAAUGGUAGCAUGUUUCAUAGUUAACAGUCGGGUGUUUGUUAUGGAGAUAGCUGACUGGGAACCUUAGUGAUAUAUGUAGAAUUAUAUCAAUUAAAAAGUAGAUAUAGCGAGAUAUGUGAAGGUGUAUUAUACAUUUAAUAGAAUGUCAGAGGAUGUCAAACGUAGAAUAAUAAAUGGAGAAAGUGUGAAAUAUCGCUGAACUACAUAUGUUCGAUAACAUCGUGACCAAGCUUAGUCAAGCAUUGUAUCGAAGCCAUAUGAACCUAAUUUACUUCUGGAAAUUAAACUCUAAAUAAAACGCGGGUCCGUUUCCUAGAAUUCCAAAAAUACCCGAAAAUUAUUUUCACGGUACUAGUAGAUGCUCUGAAUUGCUGACAAACAUAGUAUAAUUGAUUCGAAUCUAACUGUCUUUCUUAAUUUAUUCACACACAACAACAGUUUGUAUAUAUGAUCUAAGCCUUCAAACGUGAAAUGUCCGAACGUACAAGAUUUUGUGUAUUAUUUGCCGGUACAGAUGAAGCACAGCCCGUGAAAACAAGACUUUUGUAUAGCGACAGCACCAAAGAUGAUAUUUUGUCAAUUUGGAAGCAAAUUUAUGACGAAGAGGCGCCGAACAAUGCUGAACUUAUCAUCAGUGAAAACUGCAUUUACAAACUUGAGGACGAAGAUGACAUUGUUGCAUUUCUUGCUCAAGCAGAAGAUCAAUAUCGGUUGUUGCCGUCUCAACCGCUCCAAGUCACUCUCGGAAACUCUUUGCAAUAUUUCAGAAAUCGGAAUUGCUCUCCCCAAAUUCGAAACGAUUCCAUUUCUACACCACCUCCAGCUUUAUCACCUCCAACGACUUCAACUCCGUUGACAAUUCCGAAACCAGUAGACCCGAUUUCUACAAAUACGGAAAUUGCAACCGAUUUAAGCUCAAAACGACCAGACGCCAACAAUAAUAACAAUAACAGACGCUGCAGUGGCGAGGAAAUGAAAUCAUCUCCAACACACAGCUAUGAAAGCUCUCCCUCCUACAAUCAUUAUAAAGAAUUUCACCAACAAUCAAAAAAUGAACGUUGCCCACAAUCAUGGUCAACUGCGAAUUCGCUGAUGAUGCUAUACAACCAAUAUCGAGGUGAAGGACAGACUAAGAUUGAAGCUUCAAAAUCAUCGAGCAAUCCAGUUACUCCCACAUAUAAGACCGUUGGUAGUACAAUUGAUAGCAUAACUGGCGCAUCCUUGAACAAGAGCCCCAAUCUACCCUCCAUUGAAAAUGGAUAUGGUAGGGGAUACAACAACACAAGUAUGGACGUCGUACAAAAGACAUAUGAAAAUCCAUAUCUAGCAUACACCAAGCAUUUGGCAAAUGUUCUUUCAGGACCAAAUCCACCAGAGUUCAGCAAAGACAAAGAUGUUCAUAGCGGAACAAAUGAAAAGACGACAAGCUUGCCGAAACCAUCCUUCAAUUUGUCUGCUUAUUCUGCGUUUAUGAAUAAUAUACAAGACCAACGACUUAUGCAGAAUAACUCCAGUGCAUCAUACAUUCUACAAACCAUAUUCAACAAUCAUAUGAAAGGAAGUCAAAAGUCAGAAGGAUCCACCGAUCAAUCAAGGCUGAAUGUUCCGUAUCUUGAUCAAAAAUCAUCUCUCAAUAGCGCUUUUAUGACGCCACAAAACUUGCUCAAAUCGCCCAAUCAUACAACACCCACGCAUCCUUUCCAAACUGCAAGGUCUGCUUCUUUGCUUUCUUCACUGGCUCAUUAUAACAACAGCAGUUUUUUGAACUACGUGAAUGACAAUGCAAAUCGGGGUAUUCACAAUGGUGCCCAUAUUGAUGAUAAUCUCGGCCAGUUAUCCAAGAAAACACUCAAGAAAAGAAAACGGCAUGGACUGAUUAAUGAAAACACCAAACCAAUGGAUUCAACAAAACGUAUGAGAAGUUCAGUAUCACAAAGUAACAUCGAAUAUCAUUACCAGAGAGCUAUUGAUUACAGCGAAAUGACAGAAGAACAUCAAAAACUUCAGAAUUCUGCCCACAGAUCUCACUGGAAACAUCUGCUCUUUGUAGCCAAAAUCAGCCCAAGAUUUAUGGUACAAUUUAAACACGCUAAGUACGACGAAUGGUCUUCCGAGGCAAGAGACAUUUUCGCCAUCUGCCAGCCUGACAAAUAUAUGUGGUCUUUCCUGACACUCUCCAAGCAAGGUGAUAUGCUGUGCAAAAGAAUUAUUGGCCGAAUAGAUGGAUUACUCUCAAAGAGCAAUGAAGAACGACCUGAAUGGUGCCCUGAUGAUGAAAGACUUCUUCGUGCUCAGACAAGAGCAAGAGAGAGAUUGAGUCAGCUUCAAAGAAUACUGUAUUCUAGAUCUGUAAAUCAAGAAGCAAAAGCUGCAGAAAAGGCUAAUGAGCUUGAAAAGCUUUCCAUGCAAGAGAAGAACCUUGCUCUUGUGACAGCUUAUCACCAGCGGCAGCAAGAGAUGUUACAAAAUCAUCAAGCAAUGGUCAAACAUGCAGCAGGGUUUCAUCGAAUACAGCAACAACAACAACAGCAGCAGCAGCAGCAGCAUCCACAGCAUUACCAAGCGCAAGAGCAACAUCGGUCGUCCAACCAUUUUCCAACAUCACAAAGUGCACGAUGCUCAUCUUUGACCUCUUCCCCAAUAUCAAUGUCGUCUCCUGCGUUUGAAGACAACAACAGUGCCACAUCAGGAUGUUCAGAUAGUCCAACAUUGUCAUCGGAGGGUCGUCAUGAUGAUGGAAAUCUGGUCACUGCAGAAGAAAAAGAGUUGGCACCUUCACCGGACGCGGCGUCUGAAGAUAUUGAAGUUGAAAAUAUUUCUCCCUUGCCUUUUGUUAACGAUAGUAAAGUUGGAAUUACUUCUCCACAGAAAUGGAUCAAAAUGGAGCAAGCAGUUGACAUGUAAAGUUUUUUUUUCGAUAGAAUGACAAAUAGUUCGCCAAGACGAUUAACGUUUCGCUCCUCUCUCAUUUUCAUAUAUCCAAGUAAACUCAUUUUACAUCGAUAUUUUUUGAGCGCUCCGGAAGUAUUCGUACUAAGGUGACGCACAACCUGAACCCCAACCUGGUACACAUACUAUGUCCAGGUUGUGCGCCAUCUUGGUACACAUACUUCGGGAGCAUCAUUCUUUGAGUUUACAUAGUUCAGUUCUUCAGUGUAAAUAGUACUUUGUUUUAUUAAGUCUUAAUAAAACAAUCUGGCAAGAUACAAUCAAUGUUAAUUUUGAUUCGUUACUGGAAGUGCUAUGUUAUGGCUACCAGACAUGAUUCUUGAAAUUAUUCAGUGUUUUGAUAAAUUCGUGGGAUGUAUUAUGUUAACAAGAAUCAGCAAAUCUUUUGUAUUGUUUAAUGCUUCAUUUUAUAUGGCACUAGGAUUUUCUAUGUAGUUUCAUUUUUCUGCUGUUUAUGGUACGGUACUUGUAUUUUUUUGCUCCAAUUCAACUUGGGUUGCUUGCAUUAUUUUGUUACUUUCAGUACAUUUUCUAGACUUUAAAUCAUAUUUUGCUCUUUUUUUGCUCUUUCACAUUUUGCCUCAUUUGUUGUUACUAAAACCUGUAAGACGUAAAAAAUUGAAUUUUGUCUAGUGCAAAUAAACUGAAAUCGCCAAAGGCACACUAAAAUCAAUACUUUUUACUUCGAAUUCUUGCUACUGUGCUUUUUUAUUUUUUCAUAUAAAAUUUUGUGUCUGACAACCUGAAUCAUAAAAUAUUUUGUUUCGUUGGCGCACAGUUUGUGCAAUUGCAUAGGAAAUACUGAAAUGCUGUGAUUGAGUAAUUUUGAAUAUUACUGAACUGUGCCUAUUUUCUUUCAAAAAAAGGUUUUUGGGUGACGUGUACAAUUUGUAUAUUUUUGCGCGAUUUUCCAUGAACCCAAGUGUGGCCUGACGAGGACGAGAUUGUAAAUAUAAAUGACUGAUAUCCCAUUUGUUAAUUGCUGUGAAUUGCUUUUUGUUUUAAAUGCUGCUAUUUUAUGCAAAUUUUUUUUUGCUUAUUUUCUGUAAUUUUGUACAGUUUUUCUGACAAUUCGUUUCUGGACCAUAUAUUGGGAGUUCUUUGGGAUUAAUUAACUUCCACCAAGUCGUAUUUCAACUUUUAUUUCAUCAUCUUGAGAUUUUUCAAAUUUUUCUCGAGACCGUUAUUUUUUGUUUCUAAUUAGCGCAUAAUGCUACAAUGUUACGUCGUAGCUUCGAGUUUGUAAACCGAUUUCAAUUUUCGAUUUAUUUCGUUGUUGAUAUUGAGGUUCAUUUUGCUCGGUCUGGUAAUCUGAAGGCAUUGUGUGUGUACUUUAAAGAUCAAUUUUUUACCUAAGUUCUUCCAUUCCUAUGAUUCAACAUGAAUAAAAAUCAAAAAAUGA